UUCUCCCUUCUAUCUCUCCCUCUUUCACUGUAACAUCCACAACACACCUCAGUAAUAAAGCCUCAAAAGCCGAUCGAAUCGGAAUCGAAUCGAAUCGAAUGGACUCAGAUCUCGCUUUCUCUCUCUAGCAAGCAAUCCUUCGCUUCUCCGUUACUUAAUCCAUCGCUCUUCUCUUUUUCAAUGGCCACACUUCAGAAAUUCAAGCUCUUAGCCACCCAGUGCGCCGUCGCCGGCAGCCCCACUCGCAGCCCUACUACUAGCCCCGUCAUCCACCUCCGCCGCCGCAAGACCCUCCGCAUGUUCCUCAGCCGUCCCGACCGCCGCCGAUUCGCUCGCCGCGAGGACGCCCCUGUUGACCACGACGAUGUAGAUCCGGUGGAAGUGAACGAAAAGGAGGUCAGAGUUCGCCGGAAGCUCAAGGAUCUGUUCGUAUCUUCUCCUCCGCCGGUCGAUGAUGAAAAGAGGUGCCAAGAAGAAGAACGGCGAGAACGAGAGAGAUUCUCGCCGGCGAUUGCGAAUUCCGGCCUCGGCAGCCGAUUCCGAACCGGCUCGGCAUUCCGACGCGGCGGAACCACUUCUCUCAGACCGGUCUCCUCAGCGUUCCGGUAUAGAUUCCUCAAGAGAGCUUGGCGACCUGUGCUCGUCACUAUCCCUGAGUAGGCACUGCGAAAACUGUACGGAGAUAAAUAGAAAUUUUCCGGGAUUUUUUAAUUUGUUUAUUUUAUUUUUAGAGAAUGUUAAUAUAAUUUUCACGGCGAAGAGCUUGGCGACGAUAGAGACACUCAUUGGACGGUUUUGACGCCUGGCCGCCGUACCGAUGCUAACGUGCGCGGGGUUGUUGAUGAUGCUAACGUAAGCACCUGCAAAAGAAGAACGUAUUUUACCUGCGUGGAGAACGGGAGGAAAAUGUGUGGACUGUGAAAUGCCAGCCUCGUUGUUUGUACCAGUGAGAUACGCUUUUCCUCUCUACGACGUCGUUGCGUGGAACAGUUUAUAGGUUUUGAUCUUUAAAAAAUUUAAUUUUAUUUCUGGCAAAAAAAAAAAGGUAAUUUUAUAAAUAAAUCCUAACGGUUUUUGGACCGUGUUCAUCGUUUUCGA